AUGCUUUACUUUAUUUUUUUCUGCUUUUUGUUUUCGCCAAUCUUUGGUCAACAAAUUACCACAGAUACCACCGUUAGGGAAGCCAUAACCUCAGGUGAGUUUCUUGAUGUUUUUUCUCCAGCUCAUUAUGACCUUGUUGAUGUGAAAUCAGUUGAAAUUGAUGGCAACAUCUAUAAUAAUGGUUCAAUCACUGCACGCUCACCUUCUUCUUAUUCCACUAAAAUCAAUCUUAGUGGUGAUUACUUCACCAACUAUGGAACCUUUUCUGCUGAUCUUUAUGAUGGUAAAUUUGACUUGCUGUAUUAUUCAUUUAACAAUUAUGGGAAUAUUUUCUUGACUGAUGGAGACAUUUCAAUUGCAACUUCCCAAUUUCACAAUUACGGACAUGUUCAAUUCUAUGAUUCCCAUUAUCCAAGUAUAUCUACAACUGGCGGUAAUACUGAAAAUGAAGGUUCUAUUUGUUACAGAAACUCCAUUGAUGGUAUUUAUUCCUACUAUAGUGGAACAGGUUGUAUCGUAUUGGAUAGUUCUGAAUUGUACAUUAAUGAAAAGUUUGCCUAUACUCCCCAAACUAUCCAUUUGACUAAUAACUCCCAUGUGCUUUUCGAUGAAACUCCACUUGGUCUUUCCUUUAGUGGUUUUGGUGAUGAUAGUACUAUUGGAUCUUUUAGCAAAUUAUAUUCAUAUACCUAUGACACUUACUUAGGAGCCUUGCAGUUGUACUAUUACAACAGUCUGAUUUUGGUUUAUAUUGGAAAAGGUUAUGAUGAGUCCAAGUUUGAAAAAGUAACUUAUGCUGGUUCGUAUACUGCUGACGAUUAUAAUUCGAUUAAAUACAAUGGUCCAUGUCCAAAUGCACCAUAUGACUUGUGCUACUGUGCCGACAAGCAAGUAUAUACUGAUAAGAAUAAAGACAAAGACAAGUCUUCAAACUGUGAUGCCGAAACAGUAACCACUACAGUUUUCAAAAAUGCCCCAACAAAGACUGUUACUGUUACCAAAACCGAAACUACAUGUCCUACUAAUGGUGGUGAUGUGGUCUAUAAAAAGAAACCAUGUGAUUGCUAUACUUAUACUUAUACUUAUACCGAAGAUUAUGUCACAUUUACAGAGACAUGUACUACUGAUGUGGCAACUUUCAUAUACUAUCAUUCAUAUAUCUGUACUGUUACUUAUGUUGAUGCAACCACCACUAUUUGGUACAAAACUUAUACUACGGAUACCUAUACCUGUCAUCAUACUUCAACAGAUUAUGAAACUGUUACCACUUGGUAUGAUACGGAAACUACUUCCUGGGACGAUACUACUACUUGGUCUGAAUCAGAAACUACUUCUUGGACUGACACAGAUACCUGGAGUGAUUCUACCACUUGGGAUGAUUCUACCACCUGGAGUGAUUCUACCACUUGGGAUGAUUCUACCACCUGGAGUGAUUCCACCACUUGGGAUGAUUCUACUACCUGGAGUGACUCCACCACUUGGGAUGACUCCACUACCUGGAGUGACUCCACCACAUGGGAUAGCACCUCAACUUGGGUCGAUAUUCCUUCUUUGGAAACACCAACUACAUCCGUCUUAGAAGAAACUCCUACUGAUUCAGAUGAAUCUAUAGGGACACCAAUUAUAGAUGACCCACCAAUUUUGUCUUUCGAUGACAAUAAACCAUUAGAAACCCCAGUUGCUAGCGCUGAUCCACCAAUUUUGUCUUUCGAUGACAAUGAACCAUUAGAAACCCCAGUUGCUAGCGCUGAUCCACCACAGUUGUCUUUUAUAAACUAA